ACAACGAGAAGGUUGGAUCACAGAGGGCUGAUAUUAGGCUGGCUUGUUUCAGGAGGAAAAAGUUUACUCCAUGUUCAUUGUUGCUUUAUGAUUAUAGUGUAUUUGACUUGACAUAAGGUUUGCUGAAAAGCUUGGAAAGAUGUAGGGACUUUUUAGUCGUCGGUGUAGUAUGUUCACGAUGGAGGAACCUGCUUCUAGAGAGUUGGAGUUGUCCCUGUCAGACGGUGCUUCGGACGACGACAUGCCCUUAUCGCUACCCGCGGACAGCUGCCACAGUGGGAGCAUCCGAAAGGGCUGUGAUCCUUUCGCUCAAACUCAGCGGAGUAAACUGCAGCAUCGACGGGCUCGCAUCAACCAGCAGAUCAACAAGGAGAUGCGCAUGAGAGCUGGAGCGGAGAACCUGUUCAGGGCGACAACCAACAACAAGGUGAAGGAGACGGUGGCUCUAGAGCUCAGCUUCGUCAACUCCAACCUGCAGCUGCUUAAAGAAGAGCUGGAGGAGCUUAACAGCAACAUGGAGCCCUACCAGACAGACAGUGAAACUGUCAAUGUUCCCAUGAUCCCACUCGGUUUAAAAGAAACCAAAGAGGUGGACUUCACUGUUCCCAUCCAGGACUUCAUCUGUGAGCACUACGGAGAGGACAGCUCUGUCUAUGACAAGGAAAUCAAAGAGCUCAUGGAGCUCAGACAGGCCAUGCGCACACCCAGUCGGAACCAGGCUGGCUUGGAGCUACUCAUGGAGUACUACAACCAGCUGUACUAUCUGGACCAGCGCUUCUUUUCAGCGCACAAGAACCUGGGCGUGCACUUUCACUGGUACGACUCUCUGACAGGCGUCCCGUCGUCUCAGCGUGCGCUGGCCUUUGAGAAGGGAAGUGUUUUGUUCAACAUCGGAGCUCUUUACACACAGAUCGGAGCACGGCAGGACCGCUCUGCAGCUGCCGGCAUCGACACAGCCAUCGAUGCCUUUCAGCGAGCUGCAGGUGCAUUUAAUUACCUUAAAGAGAAUUUCUCCAACGCUCCGAGUCUGGACAUGAGUGGUCCGUCCCUCAGCAUGCUGGUCCGGCUGAUGGUCGCUCAGGUGCAGGAGUGUGUAUUUGAACGCAUCACGCUCGCUGCACAGGACACACACUUCACUUCCCAGCUCUGCCUGGCUCAAGAAGCUGCACGGGUGUCAGAUGUUUACUUCCUGGUGCAGCAGACCAUGACGCAGCCUCUGAUGAAAGAUUAUGUGCCAUUUUCAUGGGCGUCUAUGGUUCAGGUCAAAUCUGAACACUUCCGUGCGCUCUCACACUACUAUGCUGCUGUCGCACUCUGUGACCACGUAUUGUCUGCUGACGGGGAAGAUUGUGAAGAGGAAGCAGAGAAGGCCUUCCUCAAGUUCUACGUCAAUGUUCCAGCAGGACAACCUCUCAGCCAAAUUCUCCAAGAUCCGGAAAAAAGACGGAAGCUUGGUAAAGCCCACCUCCGGCGUGCAGUAAUCAGACAUGAGGAGGCCAUGCGUGUCCACAGUCUGUGUAAGAUCCUGAGGAAGAUGGACAUCCUGCAGGACGUGCUGUCCCUCACACACAAACGCUCUUUGUACAAAUAUUCAGAGCUGGAUCGAGAGGAUGACUUUGAUGAAACCGCAGAGGCUCCAGAGAUACAGUCUCAUACUCAGCAGAAACCAGACAUCACUCCACCAAACUUCUCAAAAGUCCAAGUUACUGAUAUCUUCCAGAGACUGGGGCCCCUGUCGGUGUUCUGUGCGAGGGCCCGGUGGGGCCCCGUACGUGUGAUCUGUCUGCAGAAGACAGAAGGUGGACUGGGUCUCACGCUCAGGGGAGACUCCCCCGUCCUGGUGGCCGGUGUGGUGCCUGGAGGCUGCGCAGAGGAGGCAGGACUCAGAGAAGGAGACUACAUAGUUGCAGUGGACGGGCAGGACUGUAAGUGGGCCAAACAUGGUGAGGUGGUCCACAUGUUGAAGAACUGCAGCGACAGAGCCAUAGAGAUCAGUGUGGUCACGCUACACUCGCAUGAUACACAGCUGGAGAGAAAGUCCAUCAUGCUUUCCCACAACAGCGAUAAAGAAAACACUCGGCAGCGUCUGCUGGGCGGGGCUAAAGGCCAGAGCUCCGCCUCCUUGUUGAACUGGAACAGAAAGAAAAAGAGGGAAGGGGCAAAGAAACUGGGAAGCACUUUCAGUUUGUCAUUUGGAAGCAUCAGGGACACCGAGGCCAUGUACUGAGCCAUGACUGCAUAGGAACCACUCAGGGACUCAGCAGUGGAGCACAUGGACCCCCAGGACCAACGGUACCAUCAGGACCAAUGUUUGAGGUUGCACAAAACAAACACAACCUCCUGAGUUGGUGGAGGUGAGUAAAAAUGUAAAACCCUCAACAAAAGGUUUUUAGUUUUAAAUGUUUUGAAUGUUGCUCCUGCCUCUUAACACGUGGAAGCACAUCAACUAGGAGGAAACCAUGGAAGGAUGAAGGCUGAUCCAUUUCUGAGGAACCAUUACAGAAGGAGGAGGAAGGAAAGAAGGAUUUCCAUCUGUGGAUUGUAACUGUGUUUCCACAGGCUAACACACUGCAGUGUUCAGACAAAUUUCUGGGUAAAUGUAGGAUGUAGCUUUAGUGUAGAGAAGAGUGUCCCAAGAGGACCAGAAAAAUAGACUGGAGGGUCCUCUUUGUUUGAGGCUACAAGGCGGAGCCAUGAAGCCUCCCUGUGCCAUGAAGGUGGGGAGAUCAUCGUGGAGCUUUCUUGGAGGGCUGAAAAUAGUUCACUGAUUCUUUUCUUUACAACAUUCCCAGUGAGCUGUAGAGAUUAAUCUGUCAUUACCACAGAAUAAACUCCAGAGUCGCAGUAAAGCUAACCGUGUCACGUUGCCACAGAAACCUGAGUGCAUCCAGCUGGAGAUGCAGAAAAUGUGACAUGUUUUCGACUGCUGGUCUGCACACACGUUGUGGGUAAAUUAACAUAAUGAAUUAUUCUCUCCUACCUUAUUUAUUGUAUCAGUGUUGCUUUUUGCCAUCUCUCAGCCCUCUGUUACAUCAGUCUGCGCCUCGUGUGUGAAGUAGGCGAGAAUAUUGUAACUACAGCUGGGACAUGUUAUCUCGGCUUGGAGUUUUAUGUUUAGUUAAGCAGCUGAAGCAACCUGCCUACAUGGAGCAUGCUCCACCUCUCUGCCCUAGUUUUUAUAUGCACAGCCCGUAUUUGUCUGGACACAUCUAGAAUCUGAGCUCUGAUUGCAGUGAUGGUGGUAGACCCUCACCACUGGUGCUGCUUGUGUUUUCUGAUGCACAUCUGUGAGACUUCUAUGAAACUCUGAGCCAUGAACAGUGAAAAUCCUGAAUAAUGAACUGAAACUGUGAUCCCACCAUUUCUAAAAAGUCAUUCAAAACAAGUCGUGAUUGGUAAUUAGUCAAGCCAACAAACUGCAAAGUGGAUAUUAAGAACUUUUUCUUUUUUUUCUUAGAUUACAGAUGUAAAAUCGGGUUUAUCAUGAACACAUAAGGUUUCUUCAUAAUUCUAUGUAGUGUUGAUUAAACAGACCUGAGUACACCAGGCAGGACUACGUUUGGUCUUAUUAGUCACCACAGUGUGGUUGGUCCUUAGCUGAGAGAAAACACUCCAUCAGGUCUGCAUAAAUAUUUUAGUUUCACCUUUUCUAGAAGUUUUAAAGCACUUGAAGUUUGAUCUAAAGUCUUGACGUAGUUUAGUCCUUUUUAAUGCACUGUGACCAUUUUUUUUAUUAUUAGUAUAUUUUAAUGUUGCAAUAAUGAACUUGCAGUGAGAGGUGUGUGUGUGUUAGAAACGAAACGUGAUGCGUGAGUGCAGGUGAAGCUCGACAUGUGGCGUGAUUACCCCAAAGUCCACAGUGUUGUGUUGUUUUUCUACCGUGUGUCUGAUGUUCAUCGUGUUGUUGAGCCAGUCGGCUGAUCACAUGAUCUGUAGCCGAGAACAUUGGUGAGAAAAUGUUUCCAACGUUUGGUUUUGUAAGAUUUUGAUACAACUAGAACUGAAGCACAUUUCUGCAUUAAUGUUUCAUUUUAGUCUUUUUGUUUGGUACGUUCAUCUUAACAGUGGUCCAUAAGUACGGAAAGCCAGGAGGGACAUAAAGCUUUUUACAGGAGAUUUUUGUUUUUCUGAAAACAGUCUGGAAUAACCAAAAACAAUGUGCUCAUGUCCUGUUUGGGUUCUUGUGUCUCUUUGUGAUUGUGUGUAAAUAUGAGGGUCCACUGUUGCUAGGUUACGUCACACUGCAGGUAGAAGUGGCCCACCUCUGACUUUUUGGUCCAUAUAUGACCCAUAUCUGAUUAUUUUUCUAUAACAGUCUGAACUGGCUAUUUUCAUACGUGGGUGCAUUUUAUCCAACUUUUACAUCAUUGAAGGGGGACAGACGUCUCAGUCCUGUGCUGGACGAGGCGAGAUGCAGCAAGAAUGUCUUCACUUCAGGUCCGGAGACUGUUCACACUGGAGUCUGAUGGAGGUCACGUUUAAAUUAUAAAGUCAACAACCACGCAAACAAAACGGAUCUCAGCAAAAAAUCAGAGUUGAGCUUCACAACCUGCAGUGUAAACAUAGUGGUAGAGUCUGAAUAUCGGACCAUAUUUAGGAAUUUGCACUGUAUUUUCUCUGUACAAUACAAUAAAACUGCAUAAUGAACCGCUUUGCUUCAGUGCAACAGGAAACAAAGAAGCUCUAAUAAAAUGGCUGUGAUGGUGCUCUUCUUUA